GGUGGUGAUUCCUUUACAUUUGGAUGCGGCUAAGAGAAAUUCUAAUCAACAGCUUAUUGAGAAAGUAGAUGACAUAAAAGAAUUCAAGAAAAUUCUGAGAACAAAAACCAAUGUCAUUGUUCUAUUCUCAAAAUGUGCAAAAGUUGUAAACAAACUAAUGGGAAUGUAUGGUGACGUGGCUGCUGAGGUCAAAGGUCUUGGGACGCUAGUUGCUAUUGACUGCGGAGCAAACAAGAAGUUAUGUAAAAAAUUGAAAGUGUCAACAGAAUCGUACACUUUGAAACAUUAUAAAGACGGAGAGUAUCAUAAAGAUUAUGACAGACAAGAAUCAGUAAAAUCCAUGACAAAUUUCAUGAAAGACCCUGUUGGUGAUGCACCUUGGGAUGAAGACCCAUUGGCUGGAGAUGUACGUCACCUUGGUAACGACAAUGAUUUGCGUAAAUUAUUACAAAAAGAGAAAAAACCUGUUUUAUUGAUGUUUUACGCUCCAUGGUGCGGUCAUUGUAAACAACUAAAACCAGAAUUUGCAGAAGCUGCUACAGAACUCAAAGGAGAAGCAAUAUUGGCGGGGAUGGAUGUUGAUAAGCCAGAAAAUUAUGGAAGUCGACAAACUUUUAAUAUCACUGGAUUUCCAACUAUUUAUUACUUUGAGGGUGGUAAGAUGAAAUACCUGUAUGGUGGAGAACGCAACAAAGCUGGAAUUCUCACAUGGAUGAGGGAUCCUCAGCCACCAAAGGAGCCAGAGAAGGAGUUAGGAUGGAGUGAUGAAGACAAUAAUGUUGUUCAUUUAUUGGAUGAGACAUUUGAUGAAUUUAUACAGGAACAUAACUCUGUUAUGGUUAUGUUUUAUGCACCAUGGUGUGGUCAUUGUAAAAAGAUGAAACCAGAAUAUAGUGAAGCUGCCACCCAACUUAUAGAUGAAGAGGUGGAUGGAGUUCUUGCUGCUGUUGAUGCUACCGUGGCAACAGAGGUUGCUAAGCGCUAUGAGGUCAAAGGUUACCCCACAGUUAAAUACUUCAAAGAUGGUGAAUUUGCUUGGGAUUUCAAUGAAAGAUUAAAAGACAAAAUAAUUGAACACAUGAGAGAUCCUCAAGAACCCCCUCCUCCACCCCCUCCAGAACCAGCUUGGAGUGAACAAGAAACAGAUGUACAUCAUUUAACAGAAGAAACAUUUAAACCAUUUCUCAAGAAAAAGAAGCAUACCCUUGUUAUGUUUUAUGCACCAUGGUGUGGUCAUUGUAAAAAAGCUAAACCAGAGUUCACGUCGGCGGCCGAAACCUUUAAAGACAAUAAUAAGGUUGCCUAUGCUGCCGUGGAUUGCACAGCUGAAACCGAAAUUUGUUCCACUUAUGAUGUCUCUGGAUAUCCAACCUUAAAAUACUUCAAUUACGGCAAAAAUCCCCAAGCCUACAUGGGAGGAAGAACAGAACAAGACUUCAUAGCCUUUAUGAAUGACCCAACCAAUCCCAGCCCAGCGCCCAAAGAACCCCAAGAAGAUUUUUUCGAGGAAAUUGAUGGCGGAGAAAAUGUCUACCAACUAACUGAAAGCAGUUUUGAUACUUUUGUAAAAGAACGCUCCUCAGUGCUGGUCAUGUUUUACGCACCGUGGUGUGGUCACUGUAAGAAGUCUAAACCUGAUUUUGCAGCGGCUGCCACACAGCUUGAUGAAGAAGGUAUUGAUGCUGCCCUUGCUGCUGUUGAUGCCACGGUAGAAAAAGGUUUACAGAAUAGAUUUGAUGUUACAGGAUUCCCAAAAUUCAAGUAUUUCAGAAAUGGUGCCUUUGCAUUUGAUUAUAGUUCAAAGCGAGACACGCAAUCAUUUGUUGAGUUCAUGAAGGAUCCUAAGGUAACUCCUGCACCACCACCAGAACCGAAAUGGAGUGAAAUACCAAACAACAUCCAUCAUUUGACGACUGACAACUUUGACACAUUUGUGACCAUCAAGGAACAUGUUUUAGUUAUGUUUUAUGCCCCAUGGUGCGGUCACUGUAAAGCCGCCAAACCGGCGUACUCCACCACCGCCGACAAUUUCAAGGACGAUCCUACAAAAUACUUAGCUGCUGUUGACUGUACAGAGAACACUGAAAUUUGUACAAGUCAAGAAGUGUCAGGAUAUCCCACUUUCAAGUUGUUCAGCAACGGCAAAUUCAAUAAAGAUUUCAGCGGUGCUCGAAGUGUGACCGACUUCACCGAUUUCAUGAUGCAAUUAAAAUCUUCACACAAACGUGAAGAACUCUGAGGAAAAUUGCUUUGAUUUUAUUCAACAUGCUAUUGUAGAAUACUUUAUUUUUGCUUGGAAUUAAUUUUUACUAUUUUCACUGAAGGAAUGAUUCAGUGAAAAUAAAGUCCAAUGAAUAUACCUUUUUUCCUAUAUUUUACAUUCAACUUGUCAAAAAUUAGUGAAAAUAAAUUCCAUACAAAACACCAAAAAAGUCUUUUCAGGGAAAAUUAAUUUCAGCUAAAAUAAAGUAUUCUACAGUACUUUGAAUUUUCCCUCAUUGAUCUCCCUAGAAAUGAGGUGUAUAUUUCAUAUAUAGGGCGCUUGUCAUUAUAGAGGGCGCUGUUUGUCAUCUGAUUUAUUGAGGUACACUACUCAGGUUAAAAAUUGUAGCAUUUUUUUUAUACACAUAAGGUGAAAGUUGAAUAAAAAUUGAAUGAAAAUUAAACGUUUUGCAAGGUCUGAGAAAAUGUCUGCAAAAUGUUAGCCUGAAAUUUUUUUGUUGUAUUAUUUUGCUGUAUUCUUAAAAUCUGCAGUAUGGUUUUUUGACUCGUAUGUUUGUGUUCAUCAUUCACGUCACCCAACUUGAGUUAAUCUAAAGUUUUUUACAAGAUUACAUCUGAUUGGCUACCCAACCCUAACACUGAACAGUCUGACCAAUUAGAGAGCAGCUUAUUUGUUGACUAUCUUUUUUCGAUGUAACAAAUUGUCUUUUAUAUGUGCUUUGACUCCAUUGCUCUCCCUUUAACGACAUUUGCGAACAACCUAAGCAACGAAGUAAAUUUUGUUUGAGUAUGAUCAUUGAGGUAGCGUGAAUGCAAUAAAUGUACCUCCAACACUAUGCAAGAGUACUGGAGGGUCUUAUCCCUUAAACAAACAAUGCCCCCUAACUGAGUGUCUGAAGGGUGGUAGCUGUCGCACAGCGAGUUCAAAUUCAAAAGUAAACAAACAAUGUAUUUUGUGUUGUUUUUAUGAGUGCCAUACUGAUCACAGCGCAACGCUACAACCACUCCCCUUUAAUUUAGAAAGAUUGCUUAAAUUAAUAUUCUGCAGUUAAUUUCUCGUUGCAAUCUACAAUCUACAAUGGUGUGCCAUGACACUCCAGGCGAAGAACCAGCCAAUGUCGCAACAAACAUGUGCCGACUGGGCGCACGCGACAAUUUUCACUGUGAUCACAUUCCCCUAAUGUCGGUGGAUUGUUGAAUCCAAUCUAUUGACAGGGAUGGGCCACACCUAUCAUUCCCAUGAAUUACGCUCAAUUGAAAAGAUUACUACAGAUCACGAAGUUUGCCAGACGGAAGUCGAUUUAAAGUCUUUCUCAUUUGCAUAUUCUAUGGGCUGUUCUAAUUUGAAUACGCAACCAGUUAAAGCGAGAGGGGGGCUUCACCUGCGUAUGCGGCAGACGGCCAUAGCGUGUUGUUGUUUACAAACAUGAGUCUACCCAUCAGCCUUUGCAUUUUUAGCGUGCAUUGUUAUUGUCGCUUGGGACAUAUUUCCCAUGCAUGCACAGGUGACGACCCCUCCGCUUUAACAUUUGAUAGUGUUGUAUCAAUCAGGAUGGUAUCUCAGAUUUUUGUGAACGUAACUAAAACAUAACAAUUUUAUUAUCUGUGGGGAACAGUAUAUGAAUAUAACAAUGAACAAUUACAACAAUAACAAAUCAAGAAGUAACAUCUAACCCAAUACUGACAUUAUGAUGUACUAAAAAAUUGACUUUUAUCAAAGAUUUCUGAUAUUUCGGUCUUCAAUUUGUGAAUGUUCGAAAACGAUUCUUUUCCUUGUGCAUCAUUCAAAAGUAUUUAAAGGGCCGUGGACGUCGCGCCGCGUCCUGUUCGAUAUGGGACUCAUAGCGACGUAUACAACGCGUGUAAAAUACAUUGUUUAUUUACAUGAAAUUUGAAAACGCGCUGCGCGACCACCACAGCGCUUUAAUGUCUGAUUAGUGUACCUCCAUACAAGAUGACCCACUUCUCAAUAUCCUGAAUCUCCAUGGCGAUGAUCUGUAAAUUUUGGGACGAGUGGAGAUAAGAUUUUGAUGUUUUUUUCACAUGAGAGAGUGAGUAUUUUGUAAGACAGUCUCUCAUUGGCUGCCAGCUUAUAACACUUAUCCAUCUAGCCAAUCAGAGAACUAUAUAUAAAAUGCAGCACCUCAAAUCGUAAAAAAACUGGAGGGCACUGUAAACCAUUUAAUUUCGCUAUAAAUUUUUAUGAUUUUCACCGACUCACGAAAAUUUGUCUCUUGCGAAAGUUACUUGGUUUACAAUUUAUUCUGUCAAUAAUGUAAUUCAAAUAUGCACAACUUUUGUUAUAUCUUGAUUAGUGCGCCCUCUACAGGACUGAUUUGGAACCAAACCGGACUCGCAAGUCAGCUCGUUCAAUCAAGUUUAGAUGACCUCUGACGAUGCAAUUAAAAUGUCUUAGCCCAUUAUUUCUUUAGUUUUCAAAGUUAUGUUUAUAAAAUUUGAAUUUUCUUUUAACCAAAUUGCAAAUUCCUCAUUUGUUGUAACAUAUUUUUUACGGUUACUUUUUCCAUAGACUACUUUCCUGGAAGUGACCAAACUGGGGUGCAUAAUUACAUGCGAGUUUUCUGAUGGUCGAUAGAAGAGAAUUUAUUUUUGUGAUGUCGAUUGGUACGCCCAGAAGCACGAUAUCAUGCAUGCAAGUUUACAUUACACCCCAAAACUGCAUGCGCGUGCAUGCAAAACGCUGUAUCUUUGACUUCCAGGAAAUUCGUCUAUGUGUGAUUUCUUUUCCAUUGAGUUACUAACAAACAAAUGUGUAUGCUCCUUGUAUUAUUCAAAAUGUCUGUGCGUCAGUGAUGGGUCAUAUUGAUCCUAAUAUUAUUAGAAAUUGUUUUAUUUGAUGAACAUGUCUGCAGAAUUCUCCAUCUUGUCAUUCCCAUGAUGCAAAGUGUGAAAAUAUGGAAGGUACUGACAAUUAUGACUCCCUGAUCAUUAUAGAGGGCGCUAUAUCAUGAAUACAUUUUUCAUGUAGAGGGCGCUGUAUUAAUUUCACCUUUCUCAGAGAGCCCUUACAAGAAUGUAUUUAAUUACUGUAAAACACUUUAUUUUAGUUGAAAUUAAUUUUUGCUGAAAAGACUUUUUGGGUGUUUUCUAUGGAAUGUAUUUUCACUGAUUUGUUGUUGAGUUGGAUGUAACAUAUAGGAGAAAGGGUAUAUUCGUUGUAUUUUAUUUUCACUGAAUCAUUCCUUCAGCGAAAAUAGCAAAAGUUAAUUCCAAGCGAAAUUAAAGUAUUUACAGUAUUUUUUGUAUAGAGGGCACCCUUUCUGUCAUAGAGGGCAGUCUUUAAAUUAUGUCUAUAUAAUGAUUUUCAUAGCCAUCUUUUAGAUCACAGAAACUCACUCAGAUUAAUCUUCAUAAAUAACAUUAUUAAUAAUAAUGCAAUUCACUUGAUAUGCAAAUAACUAAAAAAACUAUGUUGUGUUGUCUAUUUUCUUAAAUUUUCCUUCUACAAAAUUUGCAACUUUCACUGAUUUGUAAGAAUUUGUCCCGCAUGAAAUCAAAUCUGUUGAUAGUAAUCAUCAAAAAUUAUUCAAGAAAUAUAUUGCUGUCAACAUUCUUACCCAAAUAUGAACAAUUUUUAUUAUGUUUUGACUAGUGCGCCCUCUACAGGACUGAUUUGGAAUCAGCUUGUUGACACAAAAAAAUCAUCAAUGACACGAACAACUUAUUCAGUGUCGUUUUCAUGAAUAACAUUAGUGAUAAUAAU